AUGGAGACUACCCUUCUCCUUAAUACCUCCAUACUCCUUCUGCUAACAACCCUCCUCACACCUAUUGUCUUACCCCUCCUUCUACCCAAUUUCCAAAACACACCUUCUACCAUUACAUCCACCGUUAAAACAGCCUUCUUCCUCAGUCUUCUCCCCAUAUCCAUCUUCAUCUACUCCGGUACAGAAACCAUCGUCUCCCACUGAUACUGAAACUUCACCCCUAACUUCAAAAUUCCCCUUAGCUUUAAAAUAGACCAGUAUUCCAUACUGUUCUUCCCCAUCGCCCUAUUUGUAACCUGAUCCAUCCUCCAAUUCGCCACAUGAUACAUAGCUUCAGAACCCCACAUUACCAAAUUCUUUACCUACCUCCUAACCUUCCUCAUUGCCAUACUAACUCUAACGAUUGCCAACAACAUGUUCAUGCUGUUUAUUGGCUGAGAAGGCGUAGGAAUCAUGUCAUUUCUCCUCAUUGGCUGAUGACACGGCCGAGCUGAAGCCAACACAGCCGCCCUCCAAGCCGUAAUCUACAACCGUAUUGGAGACGUAGGCCUAAUCCUCAGCAUGGCCUGACUUGCCUCUAUCUUAAACACAUGAGAAAUCCACCAGGUCUCCUACGAAAACCACAUCCCAAUACUCCCCCUCCUAGGCCUCAUCCUAGCAGCGACAGGAAAAUCAGCCCAAUUCGGCCUACACCCAUGGCUACCCGCAGCCAUAGAAGGCCCCACACCCGUCUCAGCCUUACUCCACUCGAGCACAAUAGUCGUAGCAGGAAUCUUCCUACUCAUCCGCACUCACCCCCUACUAGCCACGAACCAAACAGCCUUAACCACAUGCCUAUGUCUAGGCGCCCUAUCUACCUUAUUCGCUGCCACAUGCGCCCUUACCCAAAACGACAUCAAAAAGAUCAUCGCCUUCUCCACAUCCAGCCAAUUAGGACUAAUAAUAGUAACCAUCGGACUCAACCUCCCCCAACUAGCCUUCCUCCAUAUCUCAACCCACGCCUUCUUCAAAGCCAUACUAUUUCUAUGUUCCGGCUCAAUCAUUCACAGCCUCGGCGGGGAGCAGGAUAUCCGCAAAAUAGGCGGACUACAAAAACUGCUCCCAACAACAACUUCCUGCCUUACUAUCGGCAACCUAGCCCUCAUAGGCACUCCAUUCCUCGCCGGCUUCUACUCAAAAGACCUCAUUAUCGAAAGCCUGAACAAUUCCUACUUAAACACCUGAGCCCUAUUACUCACCCUCCUAGCCACCUCCUUCACUGCCACCUACAGCCUCCGCAUAACCCUCUUCGUCCAAACAGGACACCCUCGAAUCCCUCCUGUAACCCCCAUCAACGAAAACACCCCAACAGUCACCAACCCUAUCUCCCGGCUCGCUCUAGGCAGCAUCAUGGCCGGCCUUCUCAUCACAUCCAAUAUCCUCCCCACUAAAACUCUCCCCAUAACCAUACCCACCAUUACAAAAACAGCUGCUAUCCUCGUCACAAUCCUCGGCAUUCUCCUAUCCCUAGAGCUAUCAAACAUAACACACAACCUCAUCCACCCUAAACAGAACAUCUGCUCAAACUUCUCCCUAACCCUUGGCUACUUCAACCCCUUAACGCACCGCCUCACUCCUGCGAAAUUCCUCUCCAGCGGACAAAAAAUCGCCUCCCACUUAAUUGACCUCUCCUGAUACAAAAAAAUAGGACCAGAAGGACUAGCUGACCUCCAACUCAUGGCCUCUAAAACCUCCACUCACCUGCACACCGGACUUAUCAAAACCUACCUAGGAACAUUCGCUUUAUCCAUCCUCAUUCUUCUUUUACUUACCCAAUAA